AUGAUCCGCAAGCUUCAUGACAGCACGACGGCACGAUUUCUGGUCAAUGGUCAAUUAUCUGAGUCCAUGGAGCUCAACACGGGAAUUCGUCAGGGCUUCCCUCUCGCGCUGUUAUUAUUUGUAUUAGCGGUGGAGGUCUUGGCACUAGCGAUUACACAGGAUCCCGGCCUUACGGGAGUCAUGGGCCCGGGUCGUCAUCAGAGCGUCAUGUUUUUUCAGCGUUUGUGGAUGAUUCGACGGUCUUCCUCCAGGAAACCCGACAGCUUCCACGAGUGCUCGACCUCGUGGCUACUUUUGGGAAGUUGUCAGGUCUUACAGUACAGCCAUCCGAAAGUCAAGUGA